GCAGCGCACCGGGUAACUACAGUACGAGCGCUGCUCUGCGCACACUGAGUCAGCUGAGCUGCCGGGGAUCACACACACACACACACACGCACACACACACGCGCGCGCGCGCCGGUGAAUGAAUGGAGGAGAGAGAGGAGACCGCGCAGUGUUCGGAGACGACGGAGACGGAGAAGGAGCUCGGUGCUACUCUGGGGAUGACGCGCGGAGCGGAGAGGCUCACAUGGAAGUGGUGAAGUGAUCCGAGCAAGCUUGUUGACGCAUAAUCCCGCCCGCCCCGCUGGCACUGGGAGGGGGCAAAUCUAGCCUCCCUAAACUCAAAUCCUCCAAUAGAGGAUUGCGAAGUGCGCUGCUGCUGUGGGUUCAGCCACCUUCUCUUUGACCGGCUAUGUUGGGAAAAUCCGCAUAGUUUUUUUUUUUUUAUAUAUAUAUAUUUUGGUGUGAUUCGUAUACAUCUCUGAAGAAGGGGACCCAAUCGGCUACCUUUAUUAGAAUCUAUCAUCUGGAAUCACUGUCACUGCGUCGCGGACGGUGGCCAGUUGGAUGCGCCCUGAGGUGCGGACAGGACCUGCCCGUACAUCAUCAUCAUCAUCAUCAUCAUAAUCAUCAUCAUCAUCGCAGGUAUUUGAUUGUGACUGUUGAUUACACCGGAGAUCUGGAGCCAUGACAGGCCCCCCGCUGGUCCUACAGCCCGCCUGCUGACGGUACCGGGCAGGAUGGGAGCAGAUCUGCCGGUUUCAGGAUCCCGAACGAGCCGAUUUAUCAAUGGAGGAAGAGAGUGACACCCGGAAAAUCAACAACAGCUUCCUUCGUGACCACAACUAUGCAACCGAAGCUGACAUUAUCUCAACGGUUGAGUUUAACUCAUCGGGGGAGCUGUUGGCCACCGGGGAUAAGGGAGGCAGAGUGGUUGUCUUCCAGAGGGAGCAGGAGAGUAAGAGUCAGCCCCAGCGUCGAGGGGAGUACAAUGUUUACAGCACAUUCCAGAGCCACGAGCCAGAGUUUGACUACCUGAAGAGUUUGGAGAUUGAGGAGAAGAUCAACAAGAUCAAAUGGCUUCCUCAGCAGAACGCCGCCUACUUCCUGCUCUCCACCAACGACAAGACGGUGAAGCUGUGGAAAAUCAGCGAGAGAGACAAGCGUCCGGAGGGCUACAACCUGAAGGACGACGAUGGACGGAUCAGAGACCCAUCGACAAUCACCUCAUUACGGGUGCCGGUCCUGCAGCCCAUGGACUUGAUGGUUGAGGCCACAGCCAGGCGUGUGUUCAGCAACGCUCACACUUACCACAUCAACUCCAUCUCGGUCAACUCCGACCUCCAGACAUACAUCUCUACCGACGACCUGAGGGUGAACCUCUGGAACCUGGAGAUCACUGACCGCAGCUUCAACAUCGUUGACAUCAAGCCAGCCAACAUGGAGGAGCUGACGGAGGUGAUCACUUCAGCAGAGUUUCAUCCCCAGCAGUGUCACACCUUUGCCUACAGCAGCAGCAAGGGCUCGAUACGCCUCUGUGACAUGAGGGAGGCCGCGCUCUGCGACAGACACUGCAAAUACUUUGAGGAGCCAGAGGAUCCCUCCACUCGCUCCUUUUUCUCUGAAAUCAUCUCAUCCAUCUCCGACGUGAAGUUUAGCCACAACGGCCGUUACCUGAUGACCAGAGACUACCUCACUGUCAAGGUGUGGGACCUUCAGAUGGAGAACAAACCACUAGAGACAUACCAGGUGCAUGACUAUUUACGCGGCAAACUCUGUUCUCUGUAUGAGAACGACUGCAUCUUUGACAAGUUCGAGUGUGUCUGGAACGGGUCGGACAGCGUCAUAAUGACCGGCUCCUAUAACAAUUUCUUCCGAAUGUUUGACCGGAACACAAAGCGGGACGUCACACUGGAGGCGUCCAGAGAGAACAGCAAACCCAGAGCCAUUCUGAAGCCUCGCAAGGUGUGUGUGGGCGGGAAGCGUCGCAAGGAUGAGAUCAGCGUGGACAGCCUCGACUUCAGCAAGAAAAUCCUUCACACCACAUGGCACCCGCAUGAGAACAUCAUCGCAGUAGCGGCCACCAACAACCUCUACAUCUUUCAAGACAAGGUCAACUAAAGCGCGGUCUGCCCCUGCCGACCCCCCCCUGCUGGGUCGGCGAAUGAGGGACGGAGCCCUUACAUACAUCCUUCCCCAUGUCUCGCUGCUGCUGGGCUUGAAUUUUGUUGCUCUGCUGAAGAAUUUGUUUGAGCAAAUUGUGGACGGUGUAAACUUUGGAAAGCGGGGAGAUAAAUACCACCCGGACGACAUAGCGCGAGAAAAACUGUUCUUUGAAAUCAAAGAACGGACUUUCAUUCUCCAAUUUGACUUCUGAUUUAAUUUAUUCAGCCAUGCGGACACCCGGAGAGGGGAAUUCUGUGCAUUAACGCGACAAGCGGAUCGCCGCAUGAGUGACAUGAUGUAGCGCCCCUCUGCACCCUGGGGAGAGAUGUGGGUACACUGGACAUAAAGUAGAGCACACUGACAGGAACCCAGCUUACAUGGUGGUCUCUCGUCGUCAUGCAGCAGCAGUGCCCCCCCCCCCCCUCCUCCCCCCUUUUCUUUCAACCUGCUCAUGCUACUGCGCAUGUGAUCAACCCCGCGUUGAACGUUUUGGACAGUGCGACCUGCUGCACAAAUUCCUACAAAAGUAGAAGAGACUGUUAAUGUCUGACCCCAGAAACGGAGUUGUCUCUGCCUGUGACUCAACACGGUCAGUCUUUUAAGUACCAAUUCUGUGUCUCCCUGGUGGGACUGCUGUAGUCUGUAAUGUGAAUGAAGCCCUUCCAGGCCGUGUCAAUGGUUUUAUUUAAUGCUGUUGUUUUAUUGAGUCGUUUGCUCGGUCGACGAGUCUGUCUAGAAAGCUGUGGUGCCUUCUUUUGGUAUGUGGGGGUUUGAUGUAGUGGGAGCGGGGAGGGUAUGGGGGGGGGG